AUGGCACGUCCUAGACGGCCAGCACCGGUCUCUUUGCGUGCUUCCAGUGCGUCGCGUGCGCCAAAGCGUGCGCGUGUAGAUCACGGGAAACCAGUGCCAGUGCGAGCGCCAGCGCCAGCGCCUCACGACGACGAAUCGGAUUCUGAUGCCGAGGCGCUUGCUCGCGAUGCGCAGGCGAUGGUCAGUGACGACGACGCCGACCGUGUCCAGGCCAUGCAGUUCCUUUCGCGUACGAAGCUUCCAGAUGUAUCUGCUGCCGGUGCGCAAGGCCGUGCAAAGGAGCGGAUUCGUGACGAAAAGCGGCGUCAGCGUCAGUGGUUGGAUACGCAGCGCCAGGCGAUAGCGAGGGACGACAGCGAUGGCGAGAGUACAGAUAUGGAAGGUGCGAGCGAGAGUGAAGAGGAGGAGGAGGAGGAGGAGGAGGAGGAGGACGACGACGACGACCUGGACGACGAUGAUGUCGACGAGGACGACGAGGACGACGAGGCCCUGGAAGCGCAGUAUUUGCACCAGGCUGCACGACGAGAACGACGUGCGCAAGCCGACCGCGAAGCGCGUGCGCAGCGCCCGCUGCCUAUCCGCACCGAAGCCGGGAUUCAAGAGCAGGGCAGUGAUACCGAGCCGAGCGGCAGUCGCGCUGUGUUUAGCGACGAGGCGGCGGACAGUGAUGAGGAGGCAGCGACGCAUGCUGCGCCUACGUAUCAUGCAUCGUCUGCCGCGCACUCUGCGCGAUUCGGUAUGCAGGCGCCGUACACGUUGGUCAGUGGCGCGCUCUCUGAGUCGCCGGCGGUCCGUACGGCCGCCUUGCAAAGUGCUCGAGAGCAAAUUGCGCACUUGUCGUCCAACAUUGUCGGCGAUCCGGAGCUGGGCACGAGCUGGCUUCAGCGUCUUCUUGUGUUUGCGCAGCCUACGUGCUCGCCGCCCCCGGGCGAGACGGGGCGUCGUGUGCGUGUGCAUGCCUAUAUCCGCCAGCUGGCGCUCCUUUCGCUGCUGGCUGUGUUUGUGGAUAUCAUUCCAGGCUACCGCAUUCGUGCGCUGAGUGAGCAGGAGCAGAAAGAGCGUGUGAGUCAGGACGUGGCGCGGCGGCGUGAGUGGGAGCAGGGGCUUGUCAACAUGUACCGCGACUUUUUGGAAUGCUGUGAGGCGGAGAUACGCAAGUCGGCCUCGCCGUUGGCGCCGAUAGCGCUCAAGUGUUUCUGUACGCUGCUGGUUCGUGCGCCGCACUUUAACUACCGCAAGAACUUGCUGGCUAGCGUGAUUGCGAUCAUGUCGCGUCCUGUGUGGAAUGCAUCGAGUGAGCAGUGCUCGCAAGCGCUGAUCCAGCUGCUCCGCUCUGAUGCCGAUGGCGAGAUUGGGCUUGAGUUGGUCAUGCUGCUCAACCGUAUGAUCCGUGAGCGCAAACUCGCUGUGCAUGCGAAUGUCUUGGAUGUGUUGGUCCAUCUGCGACUCCGCGAGGAGCUGCGUCGGAGUGUGCGCAGCGGGCCGAUGGGCCGCCAGAGCAGUAUGCCGACCGCAGCAGAGAACCGCCGCGCGGAUCCGAAGCAGGUGCGUAAGGGCCUAGCGAUGCACCGCAGCAAGAAGCAGGUGAAGCGGGAUCGCGCGUUGCGGGAGAUUGAGGCGGAGAUGCGCGAAGCUGAUGCCACGCUGGACGUCGAAGAGCGCGAACGGCACCAGAGCGAGACGCUCAAGUUGGUCUUUGCGCUGUACUUCCGGCUGCUCAAAAGCGAAGUACCGAUCGCGCUCUAUGCGUCUGCCCUGGAAGGCAUUGUGCAGUUUGCGCACCAUGUGAGCGCCGACUUUUUCCGCGACUUGGUCGAGGUGCUACGUACGCGCCUUCAUUCGGCGCUGGCGUCGCUAGCGGACGACCACGACCACGACGGCGAUCCGAUCCGCCUGGGCCUGCUGUGCAUUGUCGCUGCGCUGGAGCUGCAGGCCGGGCAGGGCGGGGCGCUGGAGCUCGAUAUGGCGCAGUUCUACGUGGCGCUCUACCGACUGUUGUGGCCCCUGGCCAUGUCGACAAACAUCGAGGAGGGGACGACGGCGAAGCCAGGGACCGUAGCGGGUCUGCGGCAAUGGAGCACAGCGGCGCUGUUUUUCCAUGCGCUUGAAACGGGUCUGAUCAAGGCGCCGCGGCAUACCCUGCAAGUCUCGCUGGACCGCACAGCGGCGAUGGUACGUCGUGUGCUAGGUGCUGCGAUGCAUUGGCCGACGACCAGUGCCUUGAAGGCGCUGCAGUGUGCUCAUGCGAUUCUCUCUCGCGCCACGACGAUGGAUUCGCGCUUCGAUGCGCUGCUGGACAACCGCGACGCGAUCCAUGACGGGCAGUUCGAUCCGUACACCGAUCAGCCUGACAGCGCACGCGUCCUCGCGAGUGGCGAGCCGUGCUGGGAAUUGAUCCUGCUCAGUCGCUCGCAUGCCAAUGCGCAGGUACGCGAGACGGCCACGGCGCUUUUGCAGUGGACACGCACGUAA